AUGUAAUACGUUCCUUUGACUACACAUCUAAAUGCUUUAGCUCAAUUAUAUUUGCAAUGUGCGAGUUUAUCUGAGAGAUGUGAUAAAUUGGCAAGGGGAGAGGAAAUAAUGAAUGAAGAAAAAUAAAUCCCAAAUCAUAAUGAUCAAGGGAGAAUAGAAAUGGGUUAUGAUCCACUGUCAACUUUUGAAGGCAAUAAAUAAAGACAAAUAGAUUCAAGAUCAAACACACCUAUAGAGAUAAACAUAGUUGAUGAAGAAGAGGAGAGGAUAGAAAAAAAAGAUGAUAAUCCAAUUUCUCAUUAAACAAAAAAGAUAAAAAGAGUUUAAAUUUAAGGAGUAGACAAAUAAUAAUAAAUAUAGUGCUCAUAAUGUAAAUAAAUAUUUAAGAAUCAUAAAUAAAUGAAGAAGCAUUUUGAAAGAUCUCAUAAUACUAAAUCUACAAAGAAAGGGAAUAAGAAAUUAUCACAAGAAUUCAUGGUCUAACUUUGA